AUUGCCACCGCAAUCAAUAAAUAAUUUAUCGUGAUAACCAAUCACUGACGAGUGGGUGCUCUAUCAAUCACUUCACGGCCUAUUAUCUUAUCUGGCAACCCAACACAGGUGAAAUAAUGGCUUCGUGUACCUUGCAUUCAGCUGGGAUCGAAAGUCUGCGUGAGCAGCAGCACCAGGGCGUGCCCGCCCAGCAGACAAAAGAGGAGAGGAAAAGAUGCCGUUCAAGCUUCUCCAGACGCAUCGGGCUGCCGGGCAAUGCCACCUCUUGCUGCUGCUGCUGCUGAAUCUCGUUGCCGGCCUCCUGCUUCUGCCGUUCUCCCGCUCGGCCGCCGCACAUAAGGUGGUCACCCACCUUCCAGGGUUCGAUGGCCCUCUGCCCUUCUACCUCGAGACCGGGUACGUGAGCGUGGAGGAGGAGACCGGCACGGAGCUCUUCUACUACUUCGUCGAGUCUGAGAGGAGCCCCGCCACGGACCCCGUGAUCCUGUGGCUGACGGGCGGGCCCCGCUGCUCCGUCUUCAGCGCCCUCGCCUUCGAAAUUGGAUGGUGGUCAUGUUGCCCCAGCGUAGCAGCCUGAAGAGUGUUUUGCCAUGGUCCGACGGUGGCUGGACAUUGAGCCUCUCUAACACCUAGAGCUGCAAAUUUUUGACCCUCAGGGUACCCUUUGACCCUUCUUAGUUCAACCAAAUAAACUAAAAAUUUAAAAUGACACAACUUUUUGAAAAACUAGUUCAUUUGUUUGAACUAAGUAGGGUCAAAAGAUACCCUGAGGGUCACCAUGUUGCACCUCUACUAACGCCUCUGCUUGCAUCGUUUUAUUUUUCUAGUUAAGGCCUAAUUCGGUUGCACCAUUCCCGGCCAGUAAUGGAGUGGAUCGGAGGGAAAUUGAAGGGGAGUGGUAGAUUCGAACGGGGCCUAAGGCAGAUAGUUCCCUAUGUUUGCUUCUCUCAACGUGUAAAUGUGAAUUCAGAAAUAAUGUAUCAAAUCAACAUUUUAUAUGGUCCACGCGGGUUGACGGUCCGUUCCAGUCGAUUAGCACAAGAAGAUCACCUACUGCGAAAUUCUUCCGGAUCGAUGGGCACUCCGCUCAUCUCCCCGGAUUCCAGAGCCAUUCCUCGCUGUUUCUGCAUCUAUAAUCUAUUGCCCUGCCUCCUCCUGCUUCUCCUGCCGCGGCUUCCGCUCUCGCGCUCGGCGGCGGUGGUCACCCAUCUCCCCGGGUUCCAUGGCCACCUGCCAGCAAGUUAUUCAGAACGAACUUGUUUGCCGCGAAGAAUCAGUACAGAGGGCACGAGAAGCAUCUCGCACAAGGAAACUGAAGAGAUGCUGGAUCAGGAUAUAGACGAAGAUAUGGUAAAAGGAAUGAUGUUCUGUACAGUGGUCAAUAUGAAUUCUUUUCUUUUCCAAAAAAAGUAUUUAAACUGCAAUUUAUAGAAUCUAGUGCACGUGCAUGCAAAUGGGCAUUACACACGGCAGGACGCUGACUCUAUAUGCAUCCAUUAUUGUACCAUCAAAGGCAUUUUCCCCUUCCACAAAUUACAAGUUUCGGAAACUUCUAUUGUAUUCUACACCCAAAAUUGAAGACGUGAAGCAACACUUGGGAGAGAUCUCCCAUAAGAAAACACGACUGAAGUGUCCAUUACAAGUACGAACAUUCUGCCCAUAUAUAACUACUAGAUAUUACAACAUACAUCCAAAAGUGCCUUCACUCAUCUUUUCACAUUAACAGAUCGUGUAGUUCAUGCUAAUCGUUGUUUUGGCAUAAUCCACAAAACGAGGUACACAAAAAAAAAGAA